AUGAUUCGAACAAAAUCUCAAGCUGAUGCUCACGUUUACAGUCAGUUAAAACAGAUGAAAUCCAAGCAGGAGAGAAUGCUGAAAGGAUAUUCGUUUGCAAAGAUUUAUCACGAUAUAAAGGAGUAUAAAAUUGCUGCAAACCAUUUGCUGGAUUUUUUAUCUGUGAAGGAUAACUUUGCCCCUGCCCACAAAUUGUUGGGGCAGAUAUACGAAGCCACAAAGGCUGACAAUGCUCAAAUAUUGAAGGCAUAUAAAAAAAGUUAUGAUAUUGAUAGUACACAAACAGAUAUCCUAUUGAAAAUUUGUGAAUUGUACAGUCAAAUGCCAGCUGAUAAUGAUGUCAAGGAAUUAGAACUUCUUCUUGUGGGAUCUUCGACUUGGGAUAUGUUUCUUGCCGUUUAA